AUGUCUUUCCCCACGAAAGGUGAUAUCCUCUCUGUUCCAGCCUACAAUUUAGAGGCAGAGCAGAACGCCAUGGAGAUCCAGUGGUCCCAGUCCUUCCGCACUCGCACUGCCCGUUACUAUUUUGUCAAUGCUCGCAACCAAUCCAAGGGUGGUGUGGAUGUUUUAAUGUACAUCCAGGAUCGCUUCUACAAGGACUCCAACAGCAAUGACUUCAUUGGAAGACUUCCUGGUGCUCGACAAGAGGGCGGUAGCUGGGUCGUCGAAAUCAACGAUCGUUUCCAGUAUGGCCAGAAGAACAAAACUGGAGAUGGUCGCUGGGUCGCCCUCCACGAUAAGGAUAACAAGCCCUACCAGCAUCGCUUCAUGAUUGUCACUAUGCAGGGCCGGCUCAGUGAGACAGCGAAGAACCUUGCCAGGAGCUUUGGCGCUGGGGAGAUCGCCGAUCAAGUCUCCAAGCUUGGCAACAACUUCAUCAGUGACUACCUUCACACUUUCUAA